UGUCGGGGUAGGGGCAAGUGCCGGGCAGAGAAGCGAAGAUAUCUCGCGAGUCGAGUCGCGCGCGGCAGAAGAGAAGAGAGUGAGUGUGCGCGCGGAAGUUACAAGUUGUGCAGGACGAGCUAUACCGAGAGUAGGUGUGUGUGGAACUUUAACCGAUGAACUGAGACGACCCGCAACAUGCGGAUUUUACCGGGAGUUUUGAUUUUCUCAGCGACGACGCUUUGCUGCUGCGCAUCUCUCGGCCUCUCAUUUGAAUACGACGAUCAUGAGCUGAGGCCGAGACUACUCUCAAGGCGAGCCAUCGACGGUACGAGGGGCAGAAAACACUUUAAUCCAAAGGAGGACAACUUCUUCGACGAUUAUGGAUUCGAAAAAGGACAGUAUCACGGAGAGAAGGAAAACGCGGGAUACGACGAUCUCAAGAGUAACGUGCCCGGCGAACCUGGAAUCGACUAUCCGGCUUUCGUGAGGAUUCCAAGGACGACCUUCUCGUGCAUCGGUCGGGAUCGAGGUUACUAUGCGGACGAGGAAGCUGGUUGCCAGGUCUUCCACGUCUGCGACGAAGGUCUGGUCUCGACAUUCCUGUGUCCAGUGGGUUCGCUCUUCAGUCAACGUCUACUAACCUGCGACUGGUGGAGCAAAGUGUCCUGCUCCAAGAGUCGCGAGUUCUACAGUCUUCAGCAACAUGCAGAGGAUGUACCUCUCACCGAGCAGCAUGUGUUUCGUCACGCACUUCCAGAUCAUAAAGAGGCAGUCGAAGUUGUUAAGGAUCAAGAGAAGGAGCAGAAUCAGGUGAAGGAGACGCCUAUCAUCGUGAGCGUCAAGAAAAACGAGAAUCAGCUGGAAAAGAGCCAUAAACAGAAGCACAAAGGUGAACAUGUUAGGGGACAGGCUCAUCCGAGAAAUCCAUUCCUCGAGGUACAGAACGAGAACUCGCCGGUUAUUAGGAUCAAGCCUGUUGUCGAGGAGGACAGAAGAUCGAGGGUUAGAGGACAGUCAAGAACGAACACUGUCAACGUUCAAACUCAUCAUCGAAGAAGACUAAACCCGGAAGUCUCGUCUACAGAGCUUCCAAGCGUAACGAAGACGACGAUUGGUAUCGUCAACGAAGAGGUCUCUUUCUCGUCACCAGUUGCUGAAAAUGAUCACUUUUCUGUAACAACCACGACUUUGCAGAAUGAAGAUAAUACCAGUGAAGAUGUUCCAGCUGAUUUGACUGUCACGAAGAAAGAACUGGGUGAUGAUGUAACUGAAUCGACAGAGCCAACUGAUGUUGGCAAUCAUAACUCUGCCCUUGAGUAUGAUGAUAUGGAGGGUAAGGAAAGUAUUGGACUAGCGACUUCUCAUGCUGAGAGGAAACUUGAGGAAGAAGAGAAUAACGCAGGAACGACCGAAAGUAGUGUGAAUGAAGUAACGACUUUAGAAUCUGUUGACAGUACGACUUCUGUUAUCAUAGAGAAAGUCGAAUCAACAACGCAAGUAGAUGAAGCUAUUCAGGCAAAGGAAAGCAUUGGUUUGGUGCAUUCCAAAAUCCAAGAGAAACUUCAAUUGUACGGGCAGGAGAAAGCGAGUGUCAAUGAUGACUCACAGAACAACGCUGAGGCAAAGACUGAAGAAUCUGUAAACUCAGUUGAUGAUGUUAAGGAAACAACUCAGCAGUACCAAACCGAAGCGUUGACGGAGUUACCAACAAAUACACAAACUUCGACGGAAGCUACCACUUCUUACACUUUCCCUGAUGUGGAUAAUACAGAGGCAGUGCCUACCAGAAGAACGCAGCAAGUUCGCAAGAUGUCUGGUUUCCGCAUCAACGUGGCAGAAAAAAGGACCACGGAAGCGACGACUUUACCGUAUGACGAGAUCAGCUCUUCGGAUUAUGAAGAGCUGUUGAAUUCCUCCGAUACUUCUUUCACUUCGACUAUUUUACCCGUUACGGUCACCACUGAGGAACCAACGACGAUAAUGUCGAACAAUGUCAGAAGAAUAUCGGAUACGGUUGAAGAAAGCAAUGCUCCGUUCGGAGUAAUGUUGCCACUGAACGGUAGCAGCGAGUUUCCGGUAACUAUAAAUGAUCAGAGACCGAUAGGCGUCAACCUAUUGGGUCAACUGAUUUCCCAACACGAGAGUCAACCGAUCGAUUUGACAAAUCUCGAAAUUGUCAGGUCAGAUGAACCAAAACAACCGCAGCCUCAAAAUCAAGAUGUCAGUGCUUCCGUACCGAAUGUUAGAACUUAUCAGCAUUUCAGAAGUCAUCCGGUACAGCAAAGUAAUCAACAAGAUUAUAGAAAUUAUGAGCAACAGCCUGUGAUAGCUACGACUUUCAGAAAUUAUCAGGAACAGUACGUGCCUACAACCGCUCGAGUGACUCAACAGGAUUACAAUGAUUACCAAAAUAAUCAAGAAGUACAGACCAAUUACAGAAGUAAUAACAAUCAAGAGUUCAUAACUCAACAGAUCGUACCUACUACCACCGAGGUUGUACCCCAACAAAAUUUUGGAAACUAUCAGAAUCAACAAGACAAAACUUCAGAUUUCAAUAAUUAUGAAGAUAACGACGGAUCUCGAGAUUUCACAACUACUACAGUAGCUCCUCAACCAACUUCUAGAAACUACCCGAGUCGUGGAAAUGCGCAACAGAACUCUAGGAAUAACCAAGCUAAUCGCAACGGACGCGGAAACUAUAGACAUCCAAGAAUCCAAAAUUAUGACAGUACUGCUGUCAGGAAUCAUUUUCCCGAUCCAGUAUUGUCCGUUAACUAUAAUACUUAUCAGAGUCAACCUCAAGCACCUGCAACGUUAAACAAUUAUCAAAAUCAACCUCAAGAAUCUCCAAAGUACAAUACUUUCCAAAACCAACCCGAAGAACAUUCGAACAUUGAUACUUAUCAGAAUCAACCAGAAGACGCAACUAAAUAUAACAAUUUCCAACUCCAUCCACAAAUUCAUAUCAAUAUAGAUUCUCAUCAAAAUCAGCCUGAACAACCAAAAUGGAACAAUCAACGUAAUCAGCCUGAAAAUUUACAGAAUUAUGUUAACUACCAAACGCACCAUUACCCAGAAAAUUUCCCUGACUACCAACAAAAUUAUAAUUAUCAAUCUCAACCAACUACUGAGAUUCCUCAGAUCCGCCAGAAGCCGCAAUCAAACUUUGGUAACUCUCGACCCGUCAAUUAUCAAGUACAAACUACAACAGCUCCCCAAGUCCAUCACAGACCACAGCAGAAUAUUGAUAACUCUCCAAACUAUGCGGCUCAGCAGAAUACGAAGAAUUUUCAGAGUACUAGAAAUCAACAGCCCACGGUAAACACUCAGAACUACGAUUACCCAAAUUACGACAGCGCUGAAGACAUUGCCGAGAAUACAAACUUCGGUGAAUUCGGUGUUCGGAUUUCUGCGAAGAAUCCAAGUGAUAAUAUUUUGACAGUGAAUGCGAAAAGGCCAAAAAUUACAGAAAACUCUAAUGACGCUCACACGAUAAAUGCAGGACUGCAAGGAAAAGCUGCAAAUUUCCUCUGGGCCAUGAGUCAACUGGCUAAAACCGAUCGUUUACCUAGACCUUUCACUCAGAACAAGAAUAAUGGAGAAGAUAGUUUUAGUAGACAUCGAAACACGCAUUAUCGUAAUAAUGUCCCCGAUGACAAACCUAGACAGAACGUCAACAACUUCAGGUCAGUUUCUACGAAUGUUAACAAUUAUAACGCCGAUUACAACGACAAUCAUCAGUACGUAAACGUAGAUGACUUUGCGGCUCCUCGUUUUGAAAAUCCGCAGUCUAAUUCUCAGAAAAAUAAUCAACAAAGACAAGAGAGAAUCUUAAACAAAGCAUCACCUGCACCUGAGAGUCCCGUUAUACCAAUCUUACUGAAUGCACCGGAACCGCAGCCCAACCCAUACAACAUCGAGAACAUUCCAGAGGUGAACACAGUACCCUUUGACAGAAACUCGCAAUUCGUUCAGGUAUCGGCACCCGAUCUAAGCCAGUACAACGUAGAAAGUACCAGCGUCCCCAGCAGUAACGAUCAGAUCCUGAGGGAUCCACAACCUCAGUCGGUCGACUACAGUGACUACCAAGAGAACACACCAAUACCAGAUUUUCAAAAUCAGCCUCAACCACAACCCAUCGACUUUAACUACCAACCCACUACACAACAAUCGAUACAAGACGUCCGAGUACCUCAAAGAAAUGUCGAGAUAGUACAAGACACUCAGGACUUCAGGCCAACCGUCCCACCGACCACCAAAGAAAUCUUCAAUGUAAACGAAGAUCAGAGGCACUCGAACUUCAACUCGACGCAAAAGCCGGCUACCAGCGUUGAAACCGAGUUCAUACCUUCGCUCAGUUUUGAUUUCGGCAGCGACGAGGGCAGGAAGGAGUAUUUCGAGGCUCUGGAAAAAGGCCUUGUACCUAACGAUAGCAACGCGAGAAGGAUCGACGGAGAUGUUAGUUCUUCAGAUAGAGCGACCGUAGCUGUAGAGAAGAUGGAAGAGGAACAAGUGCAGGAGACGACGACUAGUGAUAUUAUGGACAAUUUUACAGAUACCGGGGUGGUAAUGAGUGGAAUGGAGUGAUGAUGAUUAUUUAGUUUCUCAUUGAACCUGUAAAAUAUGUAUUUAGACUUAAAUUUUAUUUUAUUAAUUAAUAUUAAUAUAAUAAUAUUAUUUACGUACACUUAAGUGUAUAAGCUAAAGGCUUGCGAACGGACCGACGAGAUAAUUUUUUAUACUUUGUA